CUCAUACUUAAACCGAAAAGCAAACCACAGAGAGAUCCAAAACGGAUAACCCAACACCAAACACACAACUCUUAGUCGAAAAGAUUCGAUUUUGAACAAGUUCAACUGAAACCCAAAAAAAUGCAAGGCGAGAUGGUAGCUACAGAGUCCGAUUACGCACUUCUCGAAUCGAUUCGCCGACACUUGCUCGGUGAAUCAAUCCCCACCACCUCUACUUUUUCCUCCAGCCCCGCCUACCGCCGGCUCCCUAGUUUCGGCACCGUGUACCCUUGUUUGACGGAGAAUUGGGGCGAAUUACCCCUGAAGAUGGACGAUUCGGAAGACAUGCUGCUUUUCGGCGUUCCUCGUGACGCCUUCCACGACGGGUGGGUCGUCCCGAAUUCGGAUUUCUCGCCGACGGCGGAGGUGACGGCGACCCUUCCACCGGUGAAAUUGGAGCCGCCGCCGACACCGGCGGUGGUGCCGCCGAAGGGGAAGCACUACAGGGGAGUGAGGCAGAGGCCUUGGGGGAAGUUCGCGGCCGAGAUCCGCGACCCGGCCAAAAACGGGGCGCGGGUCUGGUUGGGUACUUUCGAAACGGCCGAGGAUGCGGCUCUGGCUUACGACAGAGCCGCAUACCGGAUGCGGGGCUCCAGGGCGCUGCUGAAUUUCCCCUUGAGGGUGAAUUCGGGCGAGCCCGACCCGGUUCGGAUUACGUCAAAGCGGUCGUCGCCCGAGCCAUCAUCGUCGUCGUCUCUGUCUUCAUCGUCGUCCGGGUCGGAUAGCGGGUCGCCGAAGACUAAUAAGAGGAGGAAGAAGGGCGGCGUUGUUAACGGGUCGGGUGACGGGGCUCCGGUUGCUGUUGCUACUACUGUUACUACGCAAGUAUCUGUCCAGGUCGGGUCGGAUAUGGGUAAUGCCGGUGGUUUUGGAUAUCAAGUGGCAGUCUGCACACGUGGCGGGCAGCUAUUGGCUGCCUGAUCACACAUGUGUAGCAAUUUGUUUGAAGGGAGAAAAAAUGGGGAAAAUGGUUCAGAAAAGCACAGGAAAUGGAGAAAACGAGUUUAAUAUUUACAAAAGAGAAAAAAAAACCCCUGUAAUUUGCCGAUAUUUUUUGGAUGGUUACCGUUAGAUUACGUUUCUCUUUGUUAAUUUUGUAGAAAAUAGAUGAAGUCUGAGAGGUAUAUUGCCAAUUGCAAUGUGAAUACUGUUAUCAGAUUUCAGCUUUCACUUUCUUUCCUAAAAUGGGGAAGGCUUUGUGUCUAUGCUUGUUGUUAUGGGGAUGUACUGGUUCUUAAAAUACAUAAUUUAUGAUCUCAUAAUGUUCCAACAUAUUUUGAUGUUUUUAUAAUGAUUGUAAAAUUCUAUUGGAGGUUAUAUAUAAAAAAAAUAUGAUAUAAAAUUUUGUACCGAAA